AAGGUCCUGUUGACGAACAGGUUUAAAAGCCCAAGAAAUCUUCAUUUGGUCAUUAUUGUUCAUUUUAGCGUUACCAUGCACUCUAACUCCAUGAUGCGAAUCGCUUAUUUGACUCUUGGGCUAUUUUUUCUGGUCGAAUGCGUGUUUUCACAUGCUCUUCCUGAAAUUGAAAAUUCCAAUAAUGUUGGAAUUGACUGGCAAAGUUUGAGAGAAGGAGAUGAAGGUGAUAAUGAUCAGAUUGUUGGCGGAACCGCAGCUGCCGCAGGAGAAAUUCCUUACCAGGCUGCUUUGAUUCUCGGAAAUAGCUUAUGCGGUGGAACCUUGAUUGCCCCCUCCAUUAUUUUGACAGCAGCUCAUUGCUUAUCCGGAAAAACUCAAACGUCUGUGAGUACAUUUACUGUAAGAGUUAACACACUUGCAUUGAACGGCGCUACCACUGGUUCUGUUAGUAGAGGAGUAACGAAAUUCGUCAUUCACCCUUCUUACGUCCCCAGAACUAACGAUAACGAUAUCGCCCUUAUGAAGUUAAACUCCCCUAUUACAAACGUCAAGCUUGCUACUCUACCAGCUGUUGCAACAUCAUGCUCCCCAGCCAGCACUUACGCAAGGCAAUCGGCUCUCAUUUCCGGAUGGGGCACUACAUCAUCAGGGGGUAGCAUCUCUCAGACGCUGCUCAAGGCAACUGUCACAGUUUUAGAUAAUGCUGCAUGUAAGUUGCAAUACAGUACACUUACCGAUAACAUGAUCUGUGCUGCCGCCCCGGGUAAGGAUACAUGUCAGGGUGACAGUGGUGGUCCAAUGAUGGUUGGAGGUGUUCAAGUUGGCAUCACCUCAUUCGGAAGGGGUUGUGCUCUGCCGAAUUUUGCUGGUGUUUACACCCGAGUCACCCAAUACCUUAGCUGGAUUUCUUCCACCUCUGCCUCAAUGUAGUAAUCUUUUAGAUGAAAUCAUCCGAAUAUACCAACAUUGAAGGCUGAACGGAAACGACCAAUUCAAUCUUUAAUAAAAACUACAGCAUUCAAUAUCACAUUAUAUUAUUGAUUAAUGAGUACUAAAAAUAUAGAUCAGCAAUACUAAAA